AUCUCAGUGUCUAUUCUAAGCCUUAGGAACUGAGCCUUAAAGCAGUUUUGGCAGACACAACACAAAAUUCAAAAUAGGCCAAAAUGCCAGCGGCAAAGUGCGGUUGCUUUAAAAAGGAGGCUCGCGUCCAUGUCAUCUACGUGGGCGGAACUAUAGGAAUGAUCCGCAACGAGUCCGGCGUACUGCACACCGUGCCGAAGGUGUUGGCUGAGCGGCUCCAGGAGUUUCCCAGCUGCCACGACAAGAAUUAUGCCAGCAAGAGUGACGAUGGGGGCUUCUUGGCUCUACCGGCAGUGGCCAAUGCUCCGUAUCGAGUCCUCUACGAUAUGGUCGAGUUCUGCCCUCUGAUGGACUCCAGCUGCAUGGGCACCUGCGACUGGCAGCGCAUGGCUAACGAAGUGGGAAAAACCUACAAGUCGUAUGACGGCUUUGUGAUCCUCCACGGCACCGAUACCUUGGCCUACUCCGCCUCGGCGCUAUCCUUUAUGCUGGAGAACCUUAACAAACCAGUAGUGCUCACUGGGGCUCAGAUACCGAUCUUUGAGGCCCGAAGCGAUGGUCGGGAAAACUUCCUGGGCGCCCUUCUGAUUGCCGGCAACUACAACAUUCCCGAGGUGCUCGUUUUCUUUGGCAACAAGAUCCUGCGAGGCUGUCGCUCCACGAAGCUCAACUCGGACUCGUUCCAUGCUCUAGACUCGCCAAAUCUAGCUCCUUUGGGUCGGGCUGGUGUGAAUAUUGAGAUAAACAGCCGCCAAAUCUUCCGGCCGUGCAAUGUUAAACCAUUUAAUCUCCAUCCCGAGCUCAACAAAAACGUGGCUCUGCUGCGGAUUUACCCGGGAAUAAGUGUCGAUGUGGUAAGGGCCUUCCUAAAGGACCCCAUAAAAGGUGUUGUCCUGCAGACCUAUGGGGCCGGCAACUUUCCGGUCAAUCGUGAAGAUUUGCUCGAUGAACUGAGAGAGGCGGUUCACAGGUGCGUCAUUAUCGUGAACAUCACCCAGUGCUCGGCGGGCAUGGUCUCCAACUCUUAUGAGACGAGCCAAGCCCUGGUCGAAGUGGGCGUAAUCCCCGGCUAUGACAUGACGCAGGAGGCUGCCUUCACCAAGCUGGCCUAUGUGCUCUCCAAGCCCGAGUGGGAUGUGGCCAACAAGAAAAAGGUGAUGCUGCUGAGUCUGCGCGGUGAGCUGACCACCAACAAGGUGGCCAAGAUCAAUGACAUCGACCUGAUCGAGGGCGUUGCCCGCACCCUGCACAUGUCCACGGCGCUGGAACGGCAGCAGAUGUGCUCCACAUUCUAUCCCGCUCUGGUGGCGGCCGCAGUCACCGAAGGUGAUGUCCACAAGUUGGGCGAUCUCAAGCAGUACGGCGCCAAUCUGUGCGACACCAACUGCGAUGGACGCUCCGCCAUGCACUUGGCCUGCUUCCUGGGCAAGCUGAACUGCGUCUGCUUCCUGAUUUCCUCGGGCUGUCCGGUUAAUGUCCACGAUCGAUUCAACCGCACGCCAUUGCACGAGGCCAUCGACACGGACAAUCAUGAUAUCAUCAAGGCGCUGCUCAAGAGCGGGGCCAAGCUCAACGACCAGCCGCUGGUCCAGGCGGAGCUGCUGCGUGCCCUCACGGAGCGAGGUAAGAUCAAGCGACUGGAGUCCUUCCGAUUGGCCGGGGCCAAUCUCACGCUGGCCGAUCGGACGGGACGAACGGCCUUGCACUACGCCUGCCAGCUGGGCAACCACGAGGUGGUGGAGUACCUGCUGCCGCACUACAAGAAUCCGUACCUCAAGGAUGAGCUGGGCAUGUCGCCCAUCGAUUACGCCAAGGCAGCCAAUCAUGCCCACAUCCUGACCCUGCUGCGAUUCCGGGAGACCGAGUUGGCCAAGGAAGAUCCCUGUUCCUGUUCGAAUUAGAAAGUACUAUUAAUCCCAAGAUCCGAGUCCGAAAUUCCAAAUUAAAAAUCACUCAACCGCUUUUGUCAAAUUUCAAA